CUUUGCGGCGCGGUGGUGCACCCUCUCUGGACUGUUCAUCUCAUGCCGAUGAGACGCAGCGUGAAUCGCCUCUUCUCACGUCGGGAAUAUCGGUUUCUGGAUACUCUGUUCACUGCGACUUGAACGCUUUGGGGUAAAAAGAGAGUCCGAUGAGCCUGGCGAGCGCGGCAGUGUCGGCGGCUUGCUUCCAGGGCGGAGCACGCCAGCGAGACUUGAUGAUGGCACAAGUCAGCAAGCUGACCUCUGGCUUCCAGCGGAGCUCCACCUCCGACGAUGAUUCCGGCUGUGCGCUGGAGGAGUACGCCUGGGUACCUCCUGGCCUGAGGCCCGAACAGGUCCAGUUAUAUUUCUCCUGUCUGCCUGAGGAUAAGAUUCCCUACGUCAGCAGUCCGGGAGAGAAGUUCAGAGUCAAGCAGCUCCUCUACCAGCUUCCACCUCACGAUAACGAGGUGCGUUACUGCCAGUCCCUCAGUGAGGAGGAGAAGAAGGAGCUACUUAUGUUCAGUGUCCAGAGAAGAAGAAGCACUGGAAGGGGCACAGUGAAGCUGCUGCCGCGCAAUCUUCAGAACAGCAUUUGUGAGCAUUGUGGUGAAAAGAUCAACGGUGGAGAAAUGGCCGUGUUCUCCUCGAGGGCGGGCCCCGGACUGUGCUGGCACCCCGCAUGCUUCGCCUGCUCCACGUGCAGCGAAGUGCUGGUGGAUUUGAUCUACUUCUACCACGACGGAAAGAUCCACUGCGGAAGGCACCACGCCGAGCUCCUCAAGCCACGCUGCUCCGCCUGCGAAGAGAUUAUCUUUGCCGAUGAGUGCACAGAGGCCGAGGGCCGCCAUUGGCACAUGAAGCAUUUCGCCUGCUUUGAAUGCGAGACAGUCCUGGGGGGGCAGCGCUACAUCAUGAAGGACGGCAGACCGUACUGCUGUGGCUGCUUUGAGUCUCUCUAUGCAGAGUACUGUGAGGCCUGUGGGGAACACAUUGGUGUCGAUCAUGCUCAGAUGACCUACGACGGACUCCACUGGCACGCCACUGAGAGCUGCUUCGGCUGUGCCCAGUGUAAGAGCUCUCUCCUGGGCUGCCCCUUCCUGCCACACCAGGGCCGCAUCUACUGCUCCAAGGCCUGCAGUCUCGGGGAAGACGUGCAUGCCUCCGACUCCUCCGACUCCGCCUUCCAGUCAGCCCGCUCACGUGAAUCCCGGCGCAGUGUGCGCAUGGGAAAGAGCAGCCGCUCAGCCGACCAAUGCCGACAGUCGCUCCUCUUCUCCCCCUCUGUCAACUAUAAGUUCCCCGGCUUAAGUGGGAACCCUGACGACACCAUGACCAACAAGCUCGCCCACAUGAACUUAUCCGAUGAGCAUUUCUGGAGGGGACGUGGUGAGGAGGACGAUGCACCCGAGGACCAGGAGGAGGAGUGGGCUGAACACGAAGACUACAUGACUCAGCUGCUAUUAAAGUUUGGGGAACAUGGGGUCUUCCAGCAAGCCAAUGAAUCCAGACCCACGGAUUUAUGGAUGGCUGAAAAGGAUGCCAAGUCAAAGCAGGAGUCAUCAAAAGCAGUCACUGGUGGUGUUGGAGGAAGGGGCAGCCUGGCCAGUAAGAAGUACCAAGCUGACAUGUACUGGGCCCAGUCACAGGAUGGGUUAGGGGACUCAGCCUAUGGUAGCCACCCGGGUCCAGCAAGCAGCAGAAAGAUCCAGGAGUUGGAGCUGGAUCAUGGGGCUGAAGGAGGCUUCCGGGGACUGGAGCCACAAUGGUACAAUGACUCCUUGGAGUGCAUCACAGACGAGUUCAAGAAGACAGAUCAGAGUGUUCGAGACUCUAUGGACUCACUGGCACUCUCCAAUAUUACCGGGGCCUCAGUAGAUGGUGAUAGUAAAGAUCGAACGUCGGUAUUUUCCCUGCAAGGCUUCCAUGAACUGGAGACAGAAGACUGUGAGAAAAGCAGCAACAUGGGAACCCUCAACUCCUCUAUGCUACACAGAAGUGCAACUUCCCUGAAGAGCCUUGUAUCAGAGCAGGAGGAGGUGGAGGGAAAUGUCCCAGAAGAAGAGGAGGUGCCUCUCCCAGCGGACAGACCCAAACCUCAUGUCCCUGCCCUCAGGAGGACACGUUCACAAUCAAGGCCGCAGCAAGUCAAGUUCUCCGACGACGUGGUGGACAACGGCCAUUAUUGCGAUCUCCCAGUGCGCCAACCGCCAAUGAGUGAACGGACUCGCCGGAGAGUGUACCACUUUGAGGAGCAGGGCCAGGAGCCUCAAUCUGGUCGCCACCAUCACCACCACAGGAGGCAUCGCAGUCGCAAGUCUCGCUCUGACAACGCUCUUAACCUUCUGCCCAAGGAGAGGGCCCAAACGUGCUACAGAGGGGACCAGAGACGGACCACCCUCGGCCCCAAGGGGCCCCAAGCUACCCACGGCCACCCCAAUCCUGCCGCCAUGUCAGACUACGGGCUGCAGGGCCCGGCCAUGGGGAGGUUCUUGGAGCUUUAUGGGGGUGACGACGACUGGUGCUCCACAUGCUCUUCUUCCUCCUCUGAUUCUGAGGAAGAAGGCUUUUUCCUGGGUCAGCCCAUCCCUCAGCCCCGGCCCCACAGACACUACUACACCGAUGACUUGCCCAGCCCUGUGGCAGGAAUGUCCACUCCUCCUUAUGGCCUACGGACUAAGUCCAAAAAGAAGAAAGGGCACAAGGGGAAAAACUGUAUCAUUUCAUAGACUUUCAUUACCCUCUUAUCCUUAGCGUUGCAUAACGCUCUGCCACUCACCUCUGCCUCUCAUGUACACUGUUUAAAAUGCAAUAACACACUUGCUUGUUUUUAAAUGUUUCGCAGCACUCAAUUUACCAAGGUGUCAGUGUUCGACACAUGUCCUGAUUCUUCAUAGGUGUAUGCAUAGCAUUGCAAACAUCGCCAGUAAAGUAAAGUGUUUUAGAGUAAUGCAUAUUUAUAAACCACCAUCUAAACUGUCUUUAUUUAACAGUGACGAUAUUAAUGUAUAUAUUGUAGAAUAAAAAAAACAACCAAAAUGGUUAUUUUUAUACCCUUGAAUUAACGACAUGUGUUGUACCAAAAUGCCAUUAACAUUUAACUAUUGGCAGUUGGUACAGAGCCAUAUUUCCACGAGGCUGUCCGAAAUUGACACAUCGACUCAGACCCGAGCUCUUCAAAUGUGUUUACUUCCAGGCUUGUGCAGAGAAACACUGUGUAUUAAAAGGCCUUGUUGAGUGGUGUAUUUAUGGGUCACUGUAUUGUUAACACGUCAUUGUAAUCUGUAUAAAUGUACAAACU